UCGGCAUGUCCCAGGAAUUUUCCCUACCCGCCCGCCCUGCCCGCCUGGUGGCAGUCGAUAAUACACAGUACAAUACCCGUCAAAUUGACGCGAUUCGAAUCCGUCUUGGACCCAACAAGCUGGGCCCCUUGUCUAUCCGCAGAGAUAGAUGCCUCGGUUUCAGUGAACUCGCCACCCCUGUCCCCCAAUAAAGAGGCGCGCAUCCAGCCCCAAUGUCUCGCUCUCUGCAGUCCGUGACUCCUUUCGCGCGCCAGAUAUCACGACGCCCUCACUUUAGAUCAGCACCACGCCUUGCCAUACGCUCAAUUGUAACAGCACAUGAAUCCGCCCCGCCACCAAGACCGUCCAGACUCCGCCGCGCGUUCAAAUACUCCCUCUGGGCCCUCGGCUUCACCAUCAUCGGAACCGCAAUGGCCGUGUCUCCCGCCUACCAGACCGUCUCGGGCUACAUGACCCCCGUGUCCGACGAGGAAACGCUGCAGAUGUGGACGCCCGAGGACCCCGAGACCCAGGCCCUCGAGGACCAGCUCAACGCCAACCCCUACGUGCGCUCCCUGCGCGAGAACCCGGCCUUCAACGAGCACAGGCCGCACCUCAAGAUCCCCCCCGCCUGGAGGGUGCACAACCUGACCGGCGGCACGCUCAUGGGGCCCGGCAAGGUCCCCAUGCCGCCGCUGGCCUUCUUUGAUACUGCCGGCGACAAGAAGGAGUACAUCCAGAUUAGCUAUGUGGGCGCGGACCUCUGCGGCCACCCGGGGAUCGUGCACGGCGGCUACCUGGCCACCGUCCUCGACGAGGGCGUCGCGAGGCCUGCCUUCGAGGUCCUGCCGCACCGCGUCGGCAUGACGGCCAACCUGAACGUCAACUACAGGGCGCCCUGCAAGGCGAACCAGUUUAUCGUCCUGAAGGCGCACGUCACCAAGUCGGAGGGCCGCAAGGCCUGGGUCGAGGGUAGGAUCGAGACACUGCCGCUGGGCGACGAGGAGCCCGUCGAGCUGGCGAAUGCCACGGCGCUCUAUAUCGAGCCCAAGCAGGCUGCGGCCCUGCGCGCCGCCGCACCCGUCGCAUAAGGGGCCUUUAAUAAAGUUUGUGGCUUAGGAGUAUUGACAGGGCAAACGGCAUAGAUUUGGCAUUUUAAACAUUGGGGCUAGACUAUUAUGACACCUCUUGAUUGUGUGAGCGACCUUGGGGCGAAGUAUUGAUACCGUGUAGAUGAUAGAUACUUCACACUGGCACCCGCUUUGGGAAAUACUACCGCGCUGAUCCGAGACCGUUAAUGGCAUAAAUUGUGGUCAAACAUUUUAAACAGAAAGAAAGACAAGCGGCAAUUUGCGACAGACCUUUUAUCACCCUAACAAGCCUGGGAACUUGAAGUUAUACAUCUUAGAAUUUAACCAAGUCCUACACG